ACCCCUUAUAGGGUCAUGUAGUAAUUUACCCGACUGGCGAUGAUAGGCCUAUAGUAUACAAGAUAAAGACAAGGCUGGCACUCUGCCCGGAGGUCGCUACUGCAAGCAGUUCGUCAGUCGUCGCCAUUCUUUUCUUCCUUCAUCCUGUGGAAAAUCAACGUCGACAUCAUUGCCCAUCAUGUUUUCUGUUGGGAAAGUGAUCUCAGCGACGGCAUCCGCCCGUUACAAUGCGAGUAAGACGUUGAUGAGGACGGCUUGGUAUUCAGUGGCUGCUAUUCCAGCGCCACAGAAGAAUCCAGACAUUAUAUACAAUAAGCUCUUUAUCAACAAUGAAUGGGUGAACUCGGUCAGUGGUAAAACAUUCCCUACCAUUAACCCCGCCACAGAGGAAGUGAUUGCCGAGGUAUCCGAGGCUGACAAGGCUGAUGUAGAUAUUGCCUAUGCUGCAGCCAAUGAAGCUUUCCGGCUUGGAUCCCCAUGGCGUACAGCCAAUGCAUCCCAUAGGGGUAAACUCCUCAACAGAUUGGCUGAUUUAAUGGAGAGGGACGCAGCAUAUCUAGCCAGCCUAGAGACUCUGGAUAACGGUAAACCAUACCAAGAUUCCUUCACCAUUGAUGUCCCAGGGUCUGUAGCAACACUCAGAUAUUAUGCUGGAUGGGCUGACAAAAUAGAAGGAAAAACAAUUCCUGUUGAUGGAGAUUUCAUGACAUAUACGAGGCAUGAACCAGUAGGCGUCUGCGGGCAGAUCAUUCCGUGGAAUUUCCCGCUGUUGAUGCUGGCCUGGAAGUGGGCUCCUGCUCUGGCCUGUGGAAACACUAUCGUAAUGAAAACAGCAGAACAGACACCUCUCACUGCACUUUACAUGGCUGAACUCGCCAAAGAGGCUGGAUUUCCACCGGGAGUGAUCAAUGUUCUGUCGGGAUAUGGCCCCACUGCUGGUGCAGCAAUCGCCAGUCACCCAGGCAUUGACAAGGUUGCGUUUACUGGAUCUACAGAGAUCGGGAAAAUCAUUCAGCAAGCAGCAGGAGCAUCAAAUAUUAAGAAGGUCACCCUUGAACUUGGCGGAAAAAGUCCUAACAUCAUCCUUGCAGAUGCGGAUCUUGAGCACGCGGUAGAGCAGAGUCAUUCAGCCAUCUUCUGGAACAUGGGCCAGGCCUGCUGUGCUGGAUCUAGGACCUUCGUUGAGGACCGGGUCUAUGAUGAGUUCGUAGAACGCAGCGUGGAACGUGCUAAGGCUAAAGCCGUCGGUGAUCCUUUCGAUAUGAGCAAGAACCAGGGACCACAGAUCAAUGACGAGCAGUUCAAGAAGAUCUUGGGUUUGAUUGAAAGCGGGAAAUCAGAUGGAGCAAAAUUAGCAACAGGAGGUAGUCGGCAUGGUGAAAGGGGUUACUACAUUGAACCAACAGUGUUUACAGACGUAAAGGAUAACAUGCGAAUCGCUAAAGAAGAGAUCUUUGGACCAGUGCAGAGCAUCUUUAAGUUCAGUGAGAUGAAUGAAGUGAUCAACAGGGCAAACAACACAGAGUACGGUCUUGCUGCAGCUGUCUUCACAAAAGAUAUUGACAAGGCCCUCUACGUUUCUAAUUCGCUCAGGGCGGGAACCGUCUGGUAAGUUUGAUUUGUUUUAAAUCAUAUUCUUCUGCAUUUGUAAGUAAAUAUGUACAGGAUUUUUACAAAUAAAGCGAAUGUGAUAAGACUCAGCUACAAUUUGAUUGUGACUGGAACAGUUCGACAGUACAGGUCUGGAGCAAUCCAAUUCUGUAAAUCUGUAAUUAUUCAUAUUCAACGAACAUUAUUUCAAAUUAUAAGCAUUAUGCCUUGAAGUAUGGCUGCACCAAAAGAAAUUCAUGAAAUGAAUUUCCUUGGAUCAUUGAGCAUAAUGGAAUAUUUCAUUUACUAUUUUACCAUCAAAUAGUAACUACUUUGAAAAACAUGUUGCUCAGUAGCAAAUCAAGUCAAAGUUGUAUUAAGAGUUACACAUUGGACUUAAGUAACAAUCAUAGAGUUAAAUACCCUCGCAACUCUGGUAAAAAUCUAAUAGACUUUAGUUUGAUCUGUGUCAUUGCUCUGGCUUUAGUUAGCCAGGGACAGCGGUGGUUAACGUCUCAGUGUGAAAUGUAGUUUUUGAAUUUAUUUUGACAUGUUUGAUUUAUUAAUUUUUAUGUAAAAAAAAAUCAGGCAUUGGUUGCAUAAGAGAAUCUAAAACAUAUUAACGCAAACUUAAUGAGAUACUGCUUACCUAUUUUACUAAACUGACGUAAUUGAGAAUAAACAGAUGAAAAGUUAUGAAUAUUAAAAUGAACUUACUGGAAUAUAUUACACAACGUUUCUGUGGCGAGAAAUAGAAUAUACUCAGAAGGCAAUGCUUGUACUGAAUAUUUGAUUUGAUCAUAUCAACAUAACGGAUCAUCAAUAAUCAAUCAUAUUUACAUCAAAUAAACUUUAGGUCAAAGGUCGUCUGUCAAUGUCAUCAAAGGUCAUGACGCGCGCGUACGCCCGCGUCAAAGCUAAAAAAUUCUCAAAAUGGCCUAUAAAUUUUUUUGGGUACGUUUCAGGUCAUUUUAGGCAUUUCAACAUUUUGCGCGCGCGCAAGUAUGUGCGCGCGUUUUCGUGCGUAACGGCGUUACGCAGCAUAAAUUUGCUCUUUUUUUCUAUGCGUAUCUACUAUUGAUAUAAUUUUGAUCAAAUUGAUACCUCGAUCAGCUCUCUACGAUCAUUAAUGAGGGAAUGAGCACCCAUUAAAGUUUGCAGCACGCGUGCGCGCGAGCUCUUUCCAUACGCUCUAUGUGGGCAAAAACAUGCCGAUUAAAAAUUCACUGUAGCUCUUCAGAACGAACGGGGACCCCCAAUUUUCUUUUCAUAUUUCGAUAGAGUAUGAAUCAUACAAAUGAUUUCAUGUCUCAUUGGACCCCAACGUAUAUUAUGACGUCAUCAAAAUGGCGUCGGAAGUCAAAAUAUCCAUUUUGCGUGUUAUGACGUCAUAAUAAUUAUGUAAAUUAGUGGCUCUAACUUCGUGAAUAUUGGUUAAUUCUCGCCCAACGUUGGAUAUGAUGUAGCUUAGGUCUUACUCUUUCUGAGUCAUUCCUUUAUUUUUCAUUUUAAUGAACGGAUCAUCCUAAAAAAUUGCAAAUAAUAAAGGCAUGUCAUUUUUACUCAUUUUGCGUGUAAUCUCUAUGGGACAUGACUUUUUCUCAAAACUAGAUUCAACAUUCCUCUACUUCGUGAGCCAUAUCUCCAUUUUUUCUCGUCAGUUAUCUCUGAGCUUUUAGUAUGUUGUUGCUGAGAUUCUAAGCUUUCGUUAUAGUUUCCUCCGUUUUUCGCUUGCAAAAUUGGAUUUGUAAUUCUCAAAUUUGCUUACGUGUAAUCUCUAUGGGGAAUAUCGUGGCUGAAUGGAUAACGCACUUGACUAGCGUCCUUGGGGUCCCAGGUUCGAGUCCUGGGGUGAACAAAAUGAUUUUUUUUUCUUUUUUCUUUUUACCACCUCGUACAUGAUCCUUUAUGACAAUUAAAAGGUAUAAAAGUUAAAAUUUAGCAAAAUAAAACAGAUUAUAAUUACUUUUUUUCAUAUCACAUGUAUUGUCAUAUAAUGUAUAAAAGAGACCUUUUUCACAGUGCUUUAUCAUCUCCCGUCUUUCACAAGUAUUUUAUCCAUAAUGAACAUUCAGUUGUCAUCAUGAUGAUCAUAUUAAUCUGCAUGAACAUGGUGAUAGUGAUCAUGAUGGCGAGAAUAAGGACAGACCACCUAAUUCGUCCACAUGACGAAUUAAAAUCUAGUUGUGAUUAUAUUUGUCAAGUAUAAAACCGUAGCUGAGAUACUACAAUUAGGGAUACAUUUAAGAUUUUUAUAUUGCCACAUAUUUUCUUAAUUAGCCACAGAAAAUGAUAUAUAGACAGAUAACCUGGGCCCGUAUUCCAUAAACGAGAUAAGCUUUUUGCUUAAGUCUUAGCAAUUUGUCUUAGCAUUUUGCUUGUCUAAGAAAUCUUCCCUAACGAUAUUCUAUAAACUUUAAGACAUUUGUCUCAAGUCAGACGAUAUGGCUAAGCCAAAGUCUCAAAGUCAAAUUCUAUGACCUUCUAAACUGCUGCAGGGGUGACUGCAACAAAAUAGCAAAAAUGUCAUUGAAGUUGUUUUUUCUUAACAAUUUUGAUUUUAUUGAAACUAAUUACAACUAUUGUAGUAAAAGAAGAGCAUUCAUCACCCAUAUAUGGUAAGAAUUUUUUAUUCAGAUUAUCUAUAUUUUGUUAAUUACCAAAACAUUUCAAUCCCAAACCGAGUGACUCGCACAGUUUUUUAUGUAUCAGUCCCAUUCAUUACUUUUCAUGUAUUGUUUGUCAAAAUCUAAAUGGAAUAGAUUCCUCUCGACAUCUUUAUUCUACUUCAGUUGAAGUAGACCUAGGGUCUAAGGGAAAACAUUUGUAACUUUUGAGCCUAGUCUUGGGUCUAACAUUAGGCCUAGAUCUAGCCUAGGCCCAAGAUCUACAACUAAUAUCCGUCUGUUUGGAGGAGAAUUGAACAUUAAUUGUCUUUACUUUUUACUUUCCUGAAGGCUGAAGCAAAACGUAACUUUGUUAGUCUAGUGCCGUAGUGGAGCAACUGAGACUGAAGCUACAUAGGCCUAGAUCUAACGAUAGACCUAGGCCUAUAUUAGCAUUGGUCUAGGCCUAGAACAUGCAGGACUUAGCCUGGCUUAGCCUUAAGACAGGGAUAGAUCUAUCUAGAUCUACAUGUAGGUCUAGAAUAGAUCUGACUUAGACCAAAAGCUUCAGUCUCCGACUGUAUUUUGGUUGUUCCGCUAUUACGAGUACGACACUAAACAGUCUAACGUUACGUUAGCCUAUAGUUUCACCAAUGUGAUAUGACAGUAAAUGUCAGAAACUUUUAAAUAAAUCCCCAGAAACGACGGUUAUUCCUGUCAACAGUGCUAACGUUAGAUCUAUCGCUAUGCAUUGCUUGCCAACUAUGCCUAAACUAAAGUUAGAUCUAGUCCUAGUAGUAGUCUAGACAUCUAUCUAGAUCUACUCCUGCUUUAGGUCCAUCUGUUUGGAGUUUUUAUUUUAUACAUUUUGAGGACUUGUUUAGAUCUUGGUUUCCAGGACUAGAAAACAGGCCUAAACCUAGACCAACACUGGCAACAGCUCAGUCUAGACUAGGGCCUAGAUGUAUAUAAGAAUUUAGAUCUAGGGCCUAGGCGGCCAAGCCUGUGCUUUCUUCUAUUCAUUCUAGAUUCUAUUUCUAGCCUAUCCGUUGGCCCUAACGUUAGGACUGGCUGAUCUAGUCUACUGUUUGAUCUAGAAAUCUCUAACCUAGGCCUAGAUCUAGACUAAAUGACUUACUCACUUAGACUAAAAGUUAGACCCUAUCUAGAUCUAGAAGUAGAACUAUACCAAUCUAGGUGUACAUAGGGUCAUAGUAAUACUAUAGGUCUAGAUCUAGAGACUUGUAGACUCUAUCUCAAUGUAGAUUCUAGAUCUAAAAAUAGUAAAUGUAGGCUAGAUCUAGUCUAGUUCUACUCUUACUCAUCUAACGUUAGGCCUGAGAAAGGAAGUAGGCUAGGGAUCUAGCAUUGGAUUAUUUCUAGGACUAAAGGAUCUUGAUCUAGGCUUAGAUCUAAACUAGGGGCUGUAGUUCUAAAUCUUGAGGUCUAGCCCCCCCCCCCC